AUGGCGGACUCGGACAGCCAUGGAGGCUGGAAAGCCUACGAAUAUUACCCUUCGAUGGCUGCGGCCGUCAUUUUCAUCCUUCUAUUCAUUGUCGUUGACCUCCUCCAUACAUACCACCUGGUCCGAACCCGGACAUGGUUCUUCAUUCCGCUCGUCAUUGGCGGUUGGUUCGAGUUCCUUGGCUAUAUAGGACGCGCCAUGUCGGCGAAACAAUCGCCGGAUUGGACCAUCGGCCCGUACGUGAUGCAGAGCACCCUGCUGCUCGUGGCGCCCGCCCUCUUCGCCGCUAGCAUAUACAUGGAACUGGGACGGAUCAUCUACCUCGUCAAGGGGCAGUCGCUGUCCCUCAUCCGAGUGAACUGGAUGACGAAGAUAUUCGUGGGCGGGGAUGUGUUGAGCGCCGGAAUCAUGGUCAAUGGAUCGCAAAGCACCGGGAAAAGCAUCAUCCUGGGAGGUCUGUUCGUGCAGAUCAUCUUCUUCGGCUUCUUCCUGGUCAGCGCGAUUGUCUUCCAGACGCGGAUCGGCAAACACCCGACCGCGCAGUCGGUGGACGUGUAUAUCCCCUGGCGGAAGCAUAUGUUCGCCCUGCAUGCGUCCAGUGUGCUGAUUCUGAUCCGAUCCAUCUUCCGAGUGGCGGAGUAUGUCGGGGACACCGACGGGGUGUUGAUGACGAGCGAGGCCUUCAUCUAUAUCUUCGACGGGCUGCUCAUGUUCCUCAUGAUGGUCAUCUUCGUGGUCAUCCACCCGAGCGAGGUGAACUACCUCUUGGGCAAGGGGACGUAUAUGACCAUAAAGGGUGGAUUAGGAGUAAGUCGGCCGAACAUGCCUGUUUAA